GGAGUCUCCAACCCGCUGUUUCUGCUCCUGCCCGUCUGAAAAUCUGCGGCGCUGUAAUGGAACUCCAUUGACGCAUCUUCUCCAAGAUUAGUCCCGGAGUCCCAGAGUCCCAGACCCAACAUUUAUUUAGUGCAGUUACUGAUAUUAGGAUGCAAAAGAAGGGUAGAAAUCGUUAUAAGAUCGAUGUUCGGAGUGAUGUUAAGGAGCAUGCUUGGUGGUGGGUUGUUAACAAGGGGAUCACACCCUUGUUCCUUUUGAUUUCUGUGUUUGCGCUGUUUGUUCGUGUAGCUGUGUCUCUGCAUCCAUACUCUGGUGCCAAUACUCCUCCCAAGUUUGGGGAUUAUGAGGCACAGAGGCAUUGGAUGGAGAUCACCCUUAACCUUCCCGCCAAGGACUGGUACCGUAACAGCAGUGCCAAUGAUCUCAGCUAUUGGGGCCUUGAUUAUCCUCCCCUCACAGCCUACCAGAGUUACAUUCAUGGUCUUUUCCUCAAAGCAUUUGAUCCGGAAUCGGUUUCUCUCUUCACUUCCCGUGGUUAUGAAUCCUAUCUUGGGAAAUUACUCAUGAGAUGGACGGUUUUAUCCUCUGAUAUUCUGAUAUUCUUUCCAGCAGUUCUUUAUUUUGUGUUUGUGUAUCAUGGAAGGGGCUCCAGCAUGCGCACGAAGAGUGAAUUAGCAUGGCACAUGGCAAUAAUUCUACUCAGCCCAUGUCUUAUUCUUAUUGACCAUGGUCAUUUUCAGUACAAUUGUAUCAGCUUGGGCCUUACCAUAGCUGCUGUUGCUGCUACCAUCUCUCAGAAUGAACUCAUGGCUUGUGUUCUGUUUAGUCUUGCUCUUAACCAUAAACAGAUGAGUGCAUAUUUUGCACCAGCAUUUUUCAGCCAUUUGUUAGGUAAAUGCUUGAGGCGAAAGAAUCCACCACUUGAGGUAUUAAAGCUUGGUUUUUUGGUGAUUGGAACAUUUUCCAUUAUUUGGGCACCAUAUAUUCACUCAAGAGAUUCUGCCUUACAGGUUCUAUCUCGCCUUGCUCCAUUUGAGAGAGGGAUAUAUGAGGAUUAUGUGGCUAAUUUUUGGUGCACUAGUUCAGUAGUUAUCAAGUGGAAAAGAUUAUUUACAACAAAAGUGCUUAAGCUUCUAAGCUUUGCUGCAACAGUUUUAGCUUGUCUACCCUCAAUGAUUCAGCAAGUGCUAGAUCCAAGCAGUAAAGGCUUUCUUUAUGCAUUGCUAAAUAGUUCUUUCUCAUUCUAUCUAUUCUCAUUCCAAGUGCAUGAGAAGUCUAUUUUGCUUCCACUGCUGCCUCUAAGCCUGCUAGCUCUGGAAGAGUCUCGACCUUUGAUGUGGCUAACACAUUAUGCCAUGUUCUCAAUGUUUCCUCUUCUACGACGUGACAAACUGGUUCUAGCAUACAUGGCUCUUUAUGCUCUGUUCACCCUCAUUUAUUUUGCACCUGGUGUGAGGUGUAGUGGCAAAACAACUCAUCAGACCCAAAAGGCUGAGAAAGGUAGAAAAACCCCUUCACUUGCUACUCUUCUCAAAAUUGCAAUGGCCUUUCUUUAUCUAUGCUCUCUUAUUUUGCAUGUUAUUUACUUGACCAUGCAUCCACCACAGAAGUAUCCGUUCCUUUUUGAAGCUUUGAUCAUGCUUCUAUGCUUCUCUCAUUUCUUGUUGUUUACAUUUUACUUCAAUUAUAAACAGUGUAUGUUGUCAAAAUUUCUUACAUCCAAGGAUAAAGAAAAGAAAAACAUCUGAUUCCUCUUUGUAGCACUAACAUCAGAAGAAAUACUUUGUUCUCCA